AAUUCAAAUACGCCAACAAUAGUAUAGAUCAAACAGCUGAAUACAGAAAAGUAAAUUUUGGGAGCUUAUAAUUUGAGUGAGACGCCGAAGACUUCAUACUAUCGACGAGUUCUUAAAGUCUUAACGAGCAAGUAUGGCUCUAAAUUUGUACUGUGGUAUCCUAAUGGCUAUUAGCUUUGCUGUUUUGUGCAAAGGAAAUGUGAGAAGGGAUAGGCUAACAGUCACUUUUGGAAAAUUUUCUCCGCUUCCUCUAACGGCAAGACAAGCAGUGCAGGAAGGAUGGAAAGGUGACGCGAACUGUCGUAACGGUCCUUCGGCAAACUUCUUUAGAGGAAACCGUUACGUGCGAUAUGAUGAUAACACGACAAAAAUCUUGUACGACUGUUGGGGACGCGUCGCUGGGAUACAAACUACGAUUGAACCUACAUCAGAUUUUCCCACACAGUACAACUAUGGUCCUUGGCACAGGAAUGCUGAUGGUACAAUAACAGCUACGGCUUAUUUUCGCAACCCCAACAGGAUUUGUUCUUGCAGAUGUCAUUCCAAGAAGGCUCCUCCAGUUGGUGACCGACUCUGGAUUCAACUUGGUGACAUAACCGGAAGGAAGAGCACAAACAAAUUCAUGGUAGUUCCGCUCAACAAAAAGAAAAUAGCCAAUACUCCAUGGGUUGAGGGAAAGUGUGUUAGUGCUAUGGGAGUACAUUAUCACUAUAACAUAUCCAAGGACUUUGACUGUAACUAUGCUUUUCCUGUUUUUCUGAUUGCCAAUAAAUACAAUGGAGAUGUUCAUGGAUUUGGUUGGGGAGUACCAGUGGUCGUAAACAGUCCAAGAUGGGAGCAUCCAGCACCUGAGCUAUUUGCGAGAUCAAUAAAGGAAGAAAACAUACCAUCUUGCAUCUUGAAAUACAAGGCCGUGUCUGUUCAGCACAUCUAUUUUGUUGAUCCACUGAAGAUUACCUGUUUUUAGUAGUGAAAAUUAAUGUGUCUUGUUUACAGCCAAAACAGCUCAAGCUUAGCCCCUCAGGUUCCAUUAAUGGUUUCAUUAUUUGAAUAUUGACUAUAUAUUCCUCAUAUUACUCAAAGAUUCAUUGCAGUCUUCCUGUAAAGCAUUACUAUAUAAAAUACACUGAUUGUGAAAUAAUCCAAUCAGAAUUCAAAUUUUGAAUUAGCUAUUCAGUUUUGAAUUCUGAGUCUUUGUUGAUCUUUGUUUUUUAAUAUAUUCUCAGAACUAGGAAAUAUAAUAACUACAGUAUUGGAAUAAUGAAAGCAUUAAUGGAAACUAGUGGGGUAAGCUUGAGUCAUUUUGACUGCAAGAGAAUCAAUAAUUUAUCAUGAAAUAAAUAUUGAAAUCCUAUGAUAACCUAAUAUCUGUAUCAAUAAAUGCUAGAUUAUUUGAA